UAUUGCCAAGGUUUCCCGACGUGCCAGCCAGUGGCGCGCCGCCGGAUUUGGGGUGCCCAAGGCGAGGGUGCCGCCUUCCUCCGCGGCGGGGGUGACCCCGAGGCCGGGAUGUCUCCGGGGUCCCGUUCGCGGAGCCCGGAAGGAGCCUCGAGCUCCAGUGCGAGGCGGCGCAGUCACUCCCGGAGCCCCAAAGCGAGCAAGUAUUCCCGCUCCCCGCGGGGCCACUCGUCGCGCUCCCACUCUUGCUCCCGCUCGAGCGACCGCAACGGCCUCAGCCAGCACUCGAGGAAUCAGGGCCACCGCUCCCGCUCGCGAUCUCGUUCCCGGGACCGCUCCUCCGCGUCUCGGGGGCCCCCCUUUUCCGCUUCUUCGUCCUAUUAUGGCAGCUACUCGCGCCCCUACGGGAGUGACAAGCCGUGGCCGAGCCUCCUAGACAAGGAACGGGAGGAGAGCCUGCGACAAAAGAGAUUAAGUGAAAGAGAAAGAAUUGGAGAAUUAGGAGCUCCUGAAGUGUGGGGACUUUCUCCAAGGAAUCCAGAACCAGAUUCUGAUGAACACACUCCUGUAGAGGAUGAAGAGCCAAAAAAGAGCACUACUUCUGCUUCUUCUUCAGAAGAGGAGAAGAAGAAGAAGAAGAAGAAGUCUAACCAUUCCAAGGAAAGGGCUAAGAAACGGCAGAAGAAAAAGUCAAAAAGAAAACACAAGAAGUAUUCUGAUGACAGCGAUAGUGACUCUGAAUCUGAAACAGACUCCAGUGAUGAAAAUGCCAAAAGGAGAGCCAAGAAAGCCAAGAAAAAGGAGAAGAAGAAAAAACACAAACCGAAGAAAUACAAAAAGAAGAAGUCUAAGAAGAACAGAAAGGAUUCGAGUGAUUCAAGCUCUAAAGAGUCCCAAGAAGAGUUCCUGGAGAAUCCUUGGAAGGACCGAUCAAAGCCUGAAGAACCCUCAGAUUUAAUUGGUCCCGAAGCGCCAAAAACUCUUGCAUCUCAAGAUGAUAAGCCUUUGAACUAUGGUCAUGCUCUCUUACCUGGUGAAGGUGCGGCAAUGGCUGAAUAUGUAAAAGCUGGAAAGCGGAUCCCACGCAGAGGUGAAAUUGGCUUGACAAGUGAAGAAAUUGCAUCAUUUGAAUGCUCUGGUUACGUAAUGAGUGGUAGCAGGCAUCGCCGAAUGGAGGCCGUCAGACUGCGGAAAGAAAACCAGAUCUACAGUGCAGACGAGAAGCGAGCCCUGGCAUCCUUCAACCAAGAGGAAAGGCGCAAGAGAGAGAACAAGAUCCUGGCCAGCUUUCGCGAGAUGGUGUACAGGAAAACCAAAGGAAAAGACGACAAAUAGGAUUUGGGUGGUUCUGCAGAUACUUUUGAUCUGCUAGCAACAAAAGUCUGGGUUCCUUAUUCAUAUAAAAAGAGAAAGAUUAUAAUCUGAAAAAAAAGCUUUACAGUGCAAUUGUGCCUUCAAUUUCCUUCUUUCAGUCCUUUAAUUUAAAAAGCUAUUUAUUUCUUGCACGUCACAAGGUCUUUGGGUUAUUCCGGAUUGACUUUUUCUGGUUUAAAACUCUAAUUCCCAAAGAAACUGUUCUCCUCCCCUGCUAGGGGG